AUGCGUCCAUUUCACUGUGUUGAAGAUCCAGGUUUUAUAAUCGUAUCUCAGGUUUUGUUAGAUAUUGGUGCUCGAUAUGGACGACUACUUGUAGGAAAAGUAAGAGCAGAAAAUAUUUUGCCGUGUGCAUAUACAGUCAAAAGACGCAUUCAAACUCUUGCUGGCGUUUUUCGAUCAGAAGUAGCAACUCGUUUAGCUGCUGCAGGUGCACGUGGUGAACUAGCAUUUAGUCCAGACCUUUGGACAGAUCGGUAUAAAAAACAAGCAUAUUUGGGUAUGACAGCUAUUUUUGUUGAAGAUUCUGUUAUAAAUACAAUUGAUUUGUGUUGUCGUGAGUUCCUGUAUCAGAAAAAAUCGGCAGAGAAUGUAUCGAAAUCAAUUGAUGCAAUACUGAACGAAUUUAAUAUUCAAGAGUAUAGAAAAUCAGCAACUUUCGUUAUUGAUCGUGGAUCAAAUUUGAAAGCAGCUCUUUCACAUGAUCAAAUCGUUCAUUGUAUCGUUUAUCGCAUACAUAAUAUUCUUUUAGAUACCUUCACAUAAGGUAUUACUCAAUCGGUUGCAUCAUCAGCACUUACACAUAGUGAUAGUGAUGAUUAUCAUGACAAUCGUGAUUAUCUUGUAAGAUAUGUGGAUAAUCCACUAAUAUCACGUAAACAAGAUGAAGUCUCUCGACAUCUUAAAUUUGAUCGUCGUGAGACAAACACAUCUGAUAUACUGGAAUUUUGGAAGACAAUGGCUGGUUUUUUUCCAUCUUUGGCCAAAGUCGCAUUCCAAAUUCUAACAGUCCCAGCAACAUCAGCUAGCGUGGAGCGCAGCUUUAUUAUUCAAGAAAAAGUUAUUUCAGAUACACGUCAUGCAGAAUUAAUUGAUUCUAUUGCUAACUGGUGCGCAAUUAACAUGCGUCCAUUUCACUGUGUUGAAGAUCCAGGUUUUACAAUUGUAUCUCAGGUUUUGUUAGAUAUUGGUGCUCGAUACGGACGACUACCUGUAGGAAAACAUAUCUAUCUUAUAUUUACAGGUAUAACAGCUAUUUUCGUUGAAGGUUCUGUUAUAAAUACAAUUGAUUUGUGUUGUCAAGGUAUUACUCAAUCGGUUGCAUCAUCAGCACCUACACAUAGUGAUAGUGACGAUGAUCAUGACAAUCGUGAUUAUCUUGCAAGAUAUGUGGAUAAUCCACCAAUAUCACGUAAACAAGACGGAGUAUCUCGAUAUCAUAAAUUUGACGAUCGUGAUACAAAUACAUCUGAUAUACUUGAAUUUUGGAAGACAAUGGCUGGUUUUUUUUCCAUGUUUGGCCAAACUCGCAUUCCAAAUUUUAACAGUCCCAGCAACAUCAGCUAG